AUGGCGACGUACCCCGAACUGAUCGACAAGGCCGUCGUGGUGACGGGCGCGGGUCGCGGGAUCGGCCUGGCGAUCGCGCGCCGCUUCGUGGCCGAAGGCGCGCGGGUGCUGCUGACCGACAUCGCCGAGGGCGACAGCGCCGAGGUGGAGCAGGCGAUCGCCCGCGCGGUGGAGCUGUUCGGCCGCCUGGACUGCAUGGUCUGCAACGCCGGCAUCUGCGAGGUGGCGCCGCUGGUGGAGGCGAGCGAGGCAAGCUUCGACCGGCAGAUGACGGUCAACGCCAAGGGCGCGUUCCUGGCCGCCACGGCCGCCGCCCGGCAGAUGCUCCGCCAGGGGGACGGCGGGCGCAUCAUCAUCAACGCCAGCGGCGCCGGCAAGAUGGCGCCGGGCAAGGAGGCGCCGCUCGGGGUCUACGCCAUGAGCAAGCAUGCGGUGGUGGGCUUGACCCGCCAGUUGGGCGUGGAGCUUGCCGCCGACGGGAUCCUGGUGAACUGCAUCUGCGGCGGCAUCGUCGACACCGGGAUGUGGGACGUGAUCGAUCGCGGCGUCACCGGCCGCAGCGGCGCCGAGCCGGGCUCGUUCAAGGCGGAGGCAGUGGCAUCGGUGCCGAUCGGGCGGAUCCAGCGGCCCGAGGACAUGGCCAAUGUGGUGGUCUACCUGGCCGGUGACGACGCCGACUACAUCGCCGGGCAGACGCUGAACGUCUCCGGAGGCCGCCUUCCUUACUGA